UCAACUAUGAAACCUAUUACUACCUACAAAAGACUGCUGAUCACGACCGUUCUGGUUACGUUUCGCGCGCGCACCGCUACGUCGAUGUCAGCCGAACAAUUAUCACAAAAGAAACCUCACGUCAUUCUCAUAGUCGCAGACGACUUAGGAUGGAAUGACGUGUCCUGGAACAACCCCAGUGUGGUCACGCCUCACAUGGACGCCCUAGCCAAAAAUGGGGUGAUACUGAAUCAAUCUUACGUUCAGCCAACAUGUACACCUACAAGAACGGCACUUUUGACAGGGAAGUACCCAUUCAGGUUUGGGCUUCAGAAGGGUGUCAUAGCAGCCACAGAGCCGAGAGGAGUGCCACUACAGGCGAAGAUGCUGCCAAAGUUACUGAAGAAGGUCGGCUAUGAGACCCAUGCGAUCGGAAAGUGGCACCUAGGAUUUUGUUCUUGGGACUAUACCCCAACAAAGAGAGGAUUUGACAACUUCUACGGAUUCUACAACGGGGCUGAAGAUUACUACAGACACACGAGAGAUAUUGCUGGGCGCCCAAGACGACAAACUGAAAAAAGACCACACGCCGAGGGAUUCUUGGACUUGAGAAACAAUACGACCCCUGAUGGAACGAAAAAAGGAAUUUACUCAACACAUCUGUUUGCAUCAGUCGCUGAAGAUAUCUUGAAGAAGCGCAAGUCCCAGGAUCCCCUGUUCAUGUACCUAGCUUUCCAGAGUGUCCACACUCCACUGCAGGUUCCUCGAAAUUAUUCCCAAGUCUACAGGCACAUCAAAGACAAAGAUCGAAGGACAUAUCUUGGGAUGGUAACUGCCAUGGAUGAAGCAGUGGGAAGGCUUGUCAAAGCACUCAAGAGAACUGGCCAUUAUAAGAACUCUGUCAUCAUCUUCACAACAGAUAAUGGAGGUUCCACCAAGAACGGGGCAAGCAACUGGCCACUUCGCGGAAGAAAAUCCAGCUUGUGGGAGGGGGGAGUGAGAGGGCCUGCCUUUAUUCACUCUCCAUUUCUACCAAAUCCAGGGACUAUUAAUAAUCAACUUCACUAUGCUGCGGACUGGUUCAGAACCAUCGUAGAUAUCACCGGAAGCCCCAGUCCCAAAGUUGACGGCAUUGGUCAGUGGGAUUCCAUUGCAGGACUCUCUGAGUCAACAAGAGACAGGAUUAUCUUUAAUAUGUACAGUGUUAAAGCAUUCAAAGCAUGCAUUCGGCACGGAGACUACAAGAUGCUGGUUGGACACAUGACUGGGGGUACCUGGGCCCCAUCUGCGGACAGUCCAAAUAGAUCCAGUCAUAAUGCUGGCAACAAAGUUCACAGACCUGUUUGGCCAAAUAACUGGCUGCCAGCCAUUUUAUCAGCAAGAAAUAACGACGAGCUCAAUGGUGGACAAAACACCUUCAAUGAUACUUAUGAAAGCAUCUCCAAUGAACUGUACACUGACGAAUAUGAUGAUUAUUCCCCUAAUGACACUGCAACUUCAACAGAUGCAAUUUCUCUGAAUUUCACGUCCAGAAACUUUGAGCUACAUCAGGAGAAUAAGCGAAAGGGAAAGCAGGCAAAUGGAGAUUUAUAUAUUCUAUGGAGAGUCCUCAAGAAACAUCCUAUGCUCAAGUGGCAGCCCAAAGUUUUGAAGAUUUUAGGACAGCAGAUGAGAGACUUUACCAAGAUCAGACUUUUCAACAUUAAAGAGGACCCAGAGGAAAGAAAUGAGCUAUCCACAACGCAGAUCAACAGACUCCAAACAAUGCUGAACUAUUUGUCAAGACAACUUCGUCACAUGGUAAGCGUGCCAGUGAAAAGGAACGUAAGAGCAGCACAUCCAAAAUAUUGGAAUGAAGUGUGGUCACCUGGUUGGUGUCAGGCAACAUCUUAACUAAAAUUGCUUAAACUCGGGGCACUUCUUCAAGGUUACUGGUGGUGAUUUCAGUCUACAGAACGACGUUUGGUCACCGUGCUAGUGUUAGCCAACAUUUUAAUGGAAGUUGUAGAAAGGCGGGGCACUUGUUCUGGGAUAUCUGCGGUGUUUUCAAUCUAAGCCUCUAAGGAAUAAAUUUCCUAAAUAUUUCAACUGUUCCUACCAGCUAAUGCUGAAGAGUGUUUUAAAAUAGUGUUUGUGAUAAUAUGUACAGUGAAUGAAGGCUUCAUUGUAUAAGUAAUCCUUCUGUAAAUAGUAUUGAUGUUGUCAGGACUAGUGACCACUAGUUGGUGUCAAAACUUCUACUCUCUGGAACUAUUAGAAUCUAUGCAGAAUACUUGCUAAGGUUUUUUCUGUUGGAAGUGAUUCUGGCUGUUAAAGUGUUUUAUUUAUUUAUUUAUUCAUUCAUUUACUUAAUUAUUAAGCAAAAAUGUAGUUAAUGUCAUAAAAAGUGUGAAAGGAAGAGUUAUUGGGUGCUAGGGAAACAACUACAGUUUAAGUAUGAAGCUGUAUUGGGUAUUACUAUACAAAUGUAUGGAAUUUUCCUCCUUGUUUUAGUUUAUACAUGAUAUUUUAUAUCCUCCAGUAUUAAGCUACAAAUAACCCAUUAAUAUUGCAUUAACUUUACCCUGGGAAUAAACCACGCCCUAAGGGAAUUAUAGAUAAUAAGUACUCCUACCCUAACCAGGAUUCAAGCCAAUGCAUUAAUAGGAUUAAGAAACUAGGAUAAUACUGACUUUAUCCACUUACUAUUUAUAACACCUUAAUUCGAAAUGGAUAGACUUAGACUGUCAGAAAUAUAAAGAUGUUAUUUUC